AUGGAUGUCAAGAAUGCAUUCCUACAUGGUGAGCUUGAUAAGGAUAUCUAUAUAGAGCAACCUAGAGGCUUCAAGAGCAAGAUCCACCCCGACUAUGUAUUCAAACUAAAGAAGGAACUUUAUGGCUUAAAGCAAGCUCCACGAGCAUGGUACGGGAAGAUCGGUGAGUUUCUCGUACAGAGUGGUUUCAAAGUCGCUCCAUCAGACUCUAGCUUAUUUGUGAAGGCGAAGGAAGGAAGACUAGCAAUAGUACUAGUCUAUGUUGAUGAUUUGAUUAUCACGGGUGAUUACUCCGAGGAAAUACAAAGGACAAGAGAAAAUCUCUCAGUCCGCUUUCAAAUGAAGGAGCUUGGAGAGUUGAAACAUUUCCUCGGACUUGAGGUGGAGCGCACAAAGGAAGGGCUAUUUCUAGGACAACAGAAAUAUGCCAAGGAUCUCUUACAAAGGUAUGGAAUGCUUGACUGCAAGCCUAUAUCUACUCCUAUGGAUCCCAAUGUGAGGCUGCAGGAAGAUGAAGGAAAUGACUUGGAGGACAUGACUAUGUAUCGACAGCUGGUCGGGAGUCUAAUCUACCUUACGCUAACCCGGCCAGAUAUUUCCUAUCCAGUUGGAGUAGUUACUCGAUACAUGAGCAAACCAAAGAAGCCUGAUCUUGAUGCAGUCAAGCGUAUCCUCAGGUAUGUCAAGGGCACCAUCAACUUUGGUAUUAUGUAUAAGAAGACAAUAGACUACCAGGUUAUGGGAUAUUGCGAUGCCGACUAUGCUGGGGAUAGUUGCACACGGCGAUCAACUACAGGAUACUUCUUUAGUCUUGGAUCUGGAGCUAUAUCAUGGUGCAAUAAGAGACAACCAACUGUGGCAUUGUCUAGUACUGAAGCAGAGUAUCGAUCGGCAGCAAUGGCAGCACAAGAAAGCACCUGGCUCAAGCAGUUAAUGGAGGAUCUUCACCAGUCGGCAGAAUACCAAGUAAGGAUUUUCUGUGAUAAUCUAUCUUCUAUUCGAUUGGUGGAAAAUCCGGUAUUCCAUGCAAGGACCAAGCACAUAGAAGUUCAUUAUCACUACAUAAGAGAAAAGGUAAUUGAAGGGAAAAUUGAGAUGGUGCCUACUAAGAUAGAAGAACAGAUUGCGGAUAUCCUCACUAAGGGCCUUCACAAAGAAAAGUUCGAGAAAUUUCAAGAAGCACUCGGCAUGGACUGCAAGACUACUUUGGAUAGAAGUUUGCCUUGA